UGCCUCUGCGCGCUCACGGCUCGCUUCAGGAGAGUUCAUGGCUGCUCGGGCUUGUUCCGAGCGGGGACGGGGCUGGGCGUGCUCGUCCUCAGUCGGGAACGGCGCCGUCCUCGUCGUGUGCUCCUCCAUUUUUUUAACGCCGAGAGCAGCGGGGGAACGGGAGCGACCCGCUGCUACGGAGAGCGACAACUCCGCCAUGCAUUUAAGGAGCGUUUAGCCCACUUUCUGACACCAUUCCGUCUGUCCAGCUGCUGAUUUUGUACCUAUUUUAUGCGAAAUAACAAUGAAGAGAGCGCCGCCGGCUAGCUUAGCUUAGCUAGGCAGCCGGUUUAAUUUCACUAGCGGGCUGUUCGGAGUUGCUAAGAUACAGAAACUGAACUGAUUAACUAGCCCGGUUAGCUAGCUGCAGAAAUGUUUAGCUAACUAGCAUUAGCUUGUGCUUUUAGAGCCCACCAGGGUAGCUGCUAACUAGCUAGUGUUGGCUAAUACCACAAGUCAACAAACCAGAUUGUGGAGUGUGCUAAGCUAACUUUAGCACUAUGCGUGUUUGUGAGGAAACACACACUUUCACGGAGCCCGUCCCAGCAUGUCAGAGACUGUGAAGUAUGUGGAUGAUGAUCACAAAACCAUAUUUUUAAAAAUAUUAAACGAGCAGAGGCUGGAGGGUGAACACUGCGACAUUGCAGUAGUUGUGGAAGAUGUCAAGUUCAGGGCACAUCGAUGUGUGUUAGCCGCUUGCAGCAACUACUUCAAAAAGCUUUUUAAGAAACACGAGGUGGACAGCUCCUCUGUCAUCGAGAUCGACUUCAUCCGCUCGGACAUCUUCGAAGAGGUACUGAACUAUAUGUACACAGCUAAAAUUUCAGUUAAGAAAAAAGAUGUUAAUUUGAUGAUGUCAUCUGGACAGAUCCUUGGAAUCCGGUUUUUGGAUAAGCUGUGCUCUCAGAAAAGGGACAUGUCUACCGAGGAGAAAAACGAACUUCGGAAUUCCAGGUCACCUUAUGACAUUGUGAAAAUUGGCCUUCAAACUGAUGAGGCUCAGUUAAGCCAGGACAAUGAUGUGCACGUGCUUGGAGACCAAGAUGACACACCUUCUGAUGACAUUGUUGAGGAAGCUCAAGGCAAUCAUGAUCUGGAAAAAUCUCCCAACAGUGCCCUUCGAGUAGAGGAGGCUCUUCUGAAAGAACUGGCCCAGGAGGGAGUAAAUAAAGUUGCUUGCUAUGACCAAGAGGUGGAACCAAUUGACCCUGAGCCCAAAGAACUUGCAGCUCACACCCAAACUCUCUCAUUUGCUGAUAGCAUGGGGGAGGUUAAGGAUGAGCAAGCCCCUGGAUGGACUGCAGCUGCCGCUGAAAUGAAGCUGGAAUAUCUACUGUAUGGACACCGGGACCACUUUGCUUGCCAGAUUUGUGGCAAGACCUUCCUCGAUGAGAGUAGGCUGAGGAAGCAUGAAAAGCUGCAUUCUGCUGAGAGACCGUUUAUAUGUGAGAUAUGCCCCAAAGCAUUCACCACGCAGGCCCACUUGAAAGAGCAUCUGAAAAUUCACACAGGCUUCAAGCCCUACCGAUGCGAUGACUGCGGCAAGUCUUUCAUCCGAGCCCCUGAUCUGAAGAAACAUGAGAGGGUGCACAGCAACGAGCGUCCCUUUGGCUGUCAAAUGUGCGAAAAAGCCUUUAAGCAUAAGUCCCACCUGAAAGACCAUGAACGCAGACACAGGGGCGAAAAGCCCUUCAUGUGUGGUGCCUGUCCCAAGGCUUUUGCCAAAGCUUCUGAUCUAAAGAGACAUGAGAACAACAUGCAUAGUGAGAGGAAGCAGCUGUGUGGCAACAGCUUACAGAGUGAGACUGAGCAGCUGCAAGCAGCAGCUAUGGCUGCAGAGGCUGAACAACAACUGGAAUCCAUAGCAUGCUCGUAACAUACUGUUUGUCUGACACAAACCCAUGCACUGUAAAACAAUCUUUUCAUACUUAUUUUGUUUUGUCCAGCAGAUGUAGUCUUAUUGUUUAACUGGUCUUGGUAUAAGUUCUUUUUUGAACUGUUGGAAUUUUAGAUCUCUGUAGUCAGAAAAUUGAUUUUCUUAAAUAUAGACCAAUGGGUUGAUUUACACUGUUGAAUGAUUGUUUUUUUAUUUUUUAUUUCUUUCUCAGAUGUAAAUGGUGCAAGAAUUUUGUUUCUCACUGUACAGUUCAUACCAAAUGUAUUUGAAUAGUUGCGGCAGUCUGAUGGACAAAUAGACAAAGAAUUGCACUGCCUUACACUUCUUGACAUGGUAAAGAUGUUCUGCAGCACAUGUUUGGCUAUGAAGAUGGGAAAGCAGGAAAAAAAAAACUGAACAAAUACAUUUUUGGUGGUCAGCCAUUCCAUCAAUUAUGUUGCAAGAUGAAAUGAAGAUUUAGCAUAAUAUUUUUGCUGUAAUAAAAUGAAUUUCCUAUGA